AGCGCGGUGUGUGAGCCGCUGACAGCUGUGUGUGUUGUGUGUAGUGUUGUGUAGUGUCGCGUGUGUAGGUGCAGGAGCAGCAGUCCGCCGUCAUGUCGCAGCGCUUCACCGAUGAGGACUUCCAGAGAGCGUGGCUGGAGCUGGACGAGCCGCAGCUGGAGGGAGGAUGGGAGCUCUUCACUGAGACCAUGGGAGUGAAGAUCCACCGCCUCUACGACAAGGAAACGGGACUUUAUGAGUACAAAGUCUUCGGCGUGCUGAGCGGCUGCACCCCAGAGCUGUGUGCGGACGUCUACAUGGACUUGUCCUAUCGGAAACAUUGGGAUGCAUAUGUGAAAGAACUCUAUGAGAAGGACUAUGAUGGACAGACAGCAAUCUACUGGGAAGUCAAAUACCCGGCUCUUAUGUCAAACAGAGACUAUGUGUACAUUAGAGACAGGAGAGACAUGGAUGUUGACGGCAGGAAGAUCCGGGUGAUCCUGGCCAGAAGCUCUCCGGAGAUGCCGUGUCCAGAAAAGAGUGGCGUGCUGCGGGUCAAAGACUACAAGCAGAGCCUUGCACUGGAGAGCGAUGGGGCCUGCGGAACUAAAGUUUUCAUGAAUUACUUCGACAACCCUGGCGGAAUGAUUCCUAACUGGGUGGUGAACUGGGCAGCUAAGACUGGGGUGCCAGGUUUCUUAACAGACAUGCAGAAGGCCUGCAGCAAAUACGAAUCCUUCUGCCAGAAGAAAUGAACAGGGUGGAGUGGGACUCGGGCUCAAGGGCUUUGCUCCAUUUUUAUCUUUUAUUUUUUUAUGUUGUGUGUUGAAAUGUGACUUUUGUGUGCGGGGUGAAAGUGGCAUGGUGUGAGCUGCUACCUGAGGUUGUAGCUUGCAGUUGACUCAGGCAUGAUGUGCAUGACCAGCCUCCCAUCAAUUCUGUUCCAUUGUACUGUAAUAUACAAUGCUGUAUUCUCUUUUCUUUGAAAUCAUAUGAUUAUAUUAUAAAUAUAUAUAUAUGAUCAGUUUUUAUUACUUUAGGCCCUAAAUGGUAAAACCAGCUCACAGCCUUUUGAAGGCGGAAAUGUUUUAUGUUCUGUAUAAAAGGUAAAAACACUGAACAGGAGGACUUUGCGCCAGUGUUGCAUCAAAGAUUGAUCAUCUGGUUGCUGUUAAGUGGAAAACUAACUUUUACGAGUUGUAUAUCUGGCUUUAUUUAAACUGUUAAAAAGGACUCGAUUGGUCACAGUCUAGGUCACAAGGUAAAAUAAAGAUUAUUGCAAAGAAAUGAUUUCUUUAUUACCUCAGCCAAGGACGUUAUGUAUUCAUCCAAAGCAGCUGUAGACAUAAAUUUAUUGGGUAAUACAACUAUUAAGAGGCUGUGUGAUCAGUUUUUGGUGGACGAUCACUUUUUGGAACAACACCAACAGAGCCAAAUCAAGGUCUGUGUAAAAAGGGACAGAUGCUGACGCUUGUUGUGAAGCCCCUGAUUCCAGAAUGCCGACAUGCUAUCUGUUUCCACUUCCUCCCACUAUCCAGAAAUGAAGCCAAACUCUCCUUGAUACCAACGUCGCCAACCUGCACCAGUGAUGUCAUUCAGAGUCAAGAGUUGUGCUCGACCAAUUGCGAUUCAGUCUCAGUUGUCAAUCAUGAUGUUUGACCCUGUUUUAAAAUAAUAAAAUAACAAAUUAAAACCAAACUUGUCAAAAACAUGAACAAUGGAACAUACCUCAGUGUGAAAAGAGCUACAUACAAUGACAGAAACUGUGUUGGUGAAAAUGUAUUUGAUGUGUACUUUGAUUAACUUGGAGGUUGGGUUUAUAACCUAUACUGCAACCAGCCACAAGGGGGCGAUCAGGAUGCUUUGGCUUCACUUUUGGGAGCUGUCGUUUUGUCUAUCUUGAAUACAAUCUAUGGAUCCGACUCUGGAGUACUGAGUCCUUAUGACACCUGAGUACUCAUGGGUCGGAUUGUCCACAUGUUUAAAGACAUCUCUUCUGAUGGUCUCCAGCUAGUUAAAGUUGCAGCUAAUGUCUCUUCUUCGUACUGUAAGUUUACAGAUCUGAUUUAUAAUGAUGUUUUCGGUCUUCUCACUGUCCACUUUGAUUCACUUGAAAUUCACUCAUAUACUACAAGGAAGUGAAAAUUCAAGCAACGAAUCAAGCACUUUUUUACACUUUUUUUUCGGCUUCUUGAUUGUCCUUUCUCAAGGGUUCAUUACUUAUGCAAAGAUCAUGUUAUGGAUGCAUUGAAUCAAAGAUACAGUAUCUGAUUUGUUACUGUAUUUAGGCUGCACCUCAGUACCUCAGUACUCCUGUUGAUACAGAUGAAUGUGGUUUAAUCUGAUAAUGAAACACUUAUUACUGUGUAAUACUGCUGUGUUACUGGAAUAAAUAAACUUAAAUUUGAAAUUUU